GCUAACUUUUAUUUUGACAAAAUUGUAUUGACAGGAAGUAGCGCGCUAACAUUCUAUAAGCCUGCUUUCGUAAUGUGGGUUAGCAUGAUAACGUUAUACAGACUCCGGUUUUUGUCAAUAUCUCACGGAUUUAAAAAUGCAACCAAAUUUAUAUCAAAUGGACAACUUCUUAACGUCGUCUUACUUCCGUGUUUCGCUUCAGGAAGAGCUAUCAGCUCUUACAGGAAAGAUAUUCAUGGUGUUUCUCACCGUAAAGCAGUUAAAGGACACUUGACUCUGAACUCUUUCAGCACUGUCACAGUCAACAGACUCUGCUGGAAAUGCGGAUCUUCAGCUGAAUUAUUUUUCUGUCCGUCCUGUAAUGUGAUCCAGCCUCCUGAUGACAAGACGAAUUAUUUCGACAUCUUGAACUGUGAACAAACAUUUUCUUUGGACACCCAGAAACUUCAGAAAAGAUAUGUGGAGCUGCAAAGAGCUGUCCAUCCUGAUAACUUCAGCCAGAAAUCAUUGAAAGAGCAGGAAUAUUCAGAAGAACAAUCAGCAUUGGUGAACAAAGCCUACAGAACGCUGCAGAAACCUUUGAGUCGGGCCGUCUACAUGCUGGAGCUGCGAGGGGUUUUGCUGGAGGAAGGUACGGGCGCCACCGCAGACCCCACGUUUCUCCUAGAGGUAAUGGAGAUCAACGAGAGACUCGCAGAGACGUGGAGCCAAGACGAGGUCAGCGCUAUCGGGCGGUCUGUGCGAGAGAAACUGAAAGACUUGACUGAACGGAUGAAUUCAUCCCUGAACAAAGGGGAUCUGCUGACCGCCAAAGAGCUCCUGGCCCAAAUGAAGUACUUCACAAAUAUAGAGGAGAAGGUAAAAGACAGAAUUGCUGAGGGAAAAUUGUAAACAAUUUGCAAUUGUAAUCCAGCUCAGCAAAAGAUUUCACGCUUGGCGUAUAUUUGUUGUAUUAUUGUUGU